AUGCACAAAGAAAGAUCUUCAAAACCUUUUUCUGACUGUGGAAAGGAUUUCUCUUACAAAUCACACUUUGUCAGUCACCGGAAAAUUCACAGCGGUGAAAAACUUUAUCUGUGUUCUGAUUGUGGAAAGCGUUUUAGGAUAAAGUCUGCUCUCAUGAGGCACCAGAUGAUUCACACUGGAGAAAAGCCGUUUGCUUGUACCAUAUGUGGGAAAUGCUUCAAUCAACGUUCUCAUUACAUCAGACACCAAAGGAUUCAUACUGGGGAAAAACCUUUUUCCUGUAACGACUGUGGAAAAUUAUUCAAUCGGAAGUCACUUCUAGUGAGACAUCAGAGGAUUCACACUGGGGAGAAGCCUUUUUCAUGCCAGCAGUGUGGGAAAAGUUUUACUCGUACCACAAAUCUUUUCAUUCACCAGAGGACUCACUCAGGGGAAAAACCUUAUUCUUGUCCCAAGUGUUCCAAAUCUUUCAGCUGUAAUGCUACUCUUCUUAGACAUCAGAAAACCCAUGAAGAGUAUUUGGAAGUUUUGUAA